AUGCUGCAGGUAGCACUGGACUCUGAUGGCUUACCCUGUGUAGUAACUGGUUCAGUGGCUCCCGGUUGCAAUAUGGGAACCUCGACGGGGGCUCCCCCCGCUGCAGGAGCCGUGGAGACAGGCACCACCAUUGUUGCCUGCUGUUUCUCUGGCGGCGUUGUUCUAGGUGCCGACACCCGUACAUCUGCUGGUUCCUAUGUAGUUAAUCGAGCAGCCAGGAAAAUAACGAAGCUGGCGGACCGGAUCUGCGUCUGCAGGAGUGGAAGUGCGGCAGAUACGCAGGCACUGGCUCAGAUUGCACGUUUUCAGACGCAGUUGUAUGCCCAGGAGCUGCCAAUUCAGUUUAGAGGUGAAGCUCGGGUGAAGGUGGUGGCGCACCUGGUGCAGCAAAUGUCGUACGAAUACAAGGACCAGCUCACGGCGGGGCUGAUAGUUGCAGGGUGGGAUUCAGUGGACGGCCCCCAAGCAUACUCAAUCCCCAUAGGGGGCAGUUGCAUCCCCGUGAAGUAUACGGCUGGGGGCUCUGGCUCAGUAUUUAUCACUGCCUUCCUGGACUCGCAGUACCGCCCAGAUCUCACCAGGGAGGAGGCUGUGCAACUGGUAUCCAGGGCUGUGGCCCACGCAAUUAGUAGGGACGGUAGCUCUGGAGGCAUGGUUCGUCUUGUGACAAUUGAAAAGGAUGGGAUGUCGGAAUACUGCAUCGAGGGUAACAACCUCCCAGUUGACCCUUGA